UGUUUAAAUACUCUAUUAGACUUAAAAGAGUUAAUUUAGGGGGUCACGAACGCAUCGCGCGAAUUAUGUCAACUCUUGGAAGGAAAGCAAGUGUUGCUCGGUAUAAUCGAGACUCAUUGAUAUCUGAUGACUUGAUACAAUCAAUAAACUCUGAAGUAUACCAACGCAAAUAUGUUUUCGAAGUGGCUUGGGAGGUGGUCAAUAAAGUUGGUGGAAUAUAUACUGUCAUCCGUACUAAGGCUGCAUCUGCUGUAGAGGAAUUGGGUGACCGUUAUAUUUUAUUUGGCCCACUUAAUGAAGUAUGCAUGAGGACUGAAGUAGAUGUUGCAGAGCCAACAAAUGAGGCGUUGAAGCGUACUGUUAAAGCCAUGCGUGAACAUGGCACAAAAGUAGUUUUUGGUCGGUGGCUUAUUGAGGGCUAUCCCAACGUUGUUCUGUUUGACAUAGGAUCAUCAGCUUGGCGCAUCGAUUCUUGGAAGAAAGAACUGUGGGAAUCUUGUAAUAUUGGGAUUCCGGUCCAUGAUACUGAGUGUAAUGAUGCCGUCAUCUUUGGAGCACUUGUUGCCUGGUUUUUGAAAGAAUUUGCUGAAAAUGUCAGAGAACUAGAAACUGACCCUCAACCACCAAUUAUCGCACACUUUCAUGAGUGGCUUACAAGCAUUGGUUUAGUAUUUACGCGUACACGUCACCUUCCUGUUGCUACUGUGUUCACUACACAUGCAACACUUUUGGGUCGUUACUUGUGUGCUUCCUCUGUUGAUUUAUAUAACCAUCUUUCGGAUUUUGAUCUAGAUAAGGAAGCUGGCGAUCGAAAUAUUUAUCAUCGUUAUUGUCUUGAACGUGCGGCCGUUCAUUGUGCACACGUAUUUACAACUGUAAGUAAAAUUACCGGCUUGGAAAGUAAGUUUCUUUUGCGAAGAGAACCAGACAUCAUCACUCCAAAUGGUCUUAAUGUUAUUAAAUUUGCUGCACUUCAUGAAUUUCAAAAUCGUCAUGCAUUGGCUAAAGAAAAGCUGAAUCAAUUUAUUCAAGGACAUUUUUAUGGACAUUAUGAUUUUGAUUUGGACAAAACAUUGUAUUUUUUCAUUGCUGGACGUUACGAAUUUCAGAAUAAAGGAGCUGAUAUAUUUAUCGAGUCACUGGCUCGUCUUAAUCAUCAUUUAAAACAAGCACAAACUGAUGUCACUGUCGUAGCGUUCCUCAUUUUUCCAGCUCAUACGAAUAGUUUUAACGUGGAUUCGUUUCGUGCACAAGCUAUUGUAAAACAACUACGUGAAACAGUGAAUUCAAUUCAAAGUGAAAUGGGACAUAGGUUAUUUGAAGUGUGUCUUCGAGGGCUUAUUCCUCAAGGAUCUGAUAUACUUACUCAGGGUGAUGUAUUUCGUCUUAAACGUUGUAUAUAUGCAACACAACGAAAUAAUUUGCCCCCUAUUUGUACACACAAUGUUGUUCAAGAUAAUAUCGACCUAGUUCUGUGUAACUUACGCCGGUGUCAGUUAUUUAAUGAUCGUCAUGAUCGUGUUAAAGUAAACCAUUUGUUAUUGUGUUAUUAUUUUUAAACUCCAUUUUAAUUUUCAAGAUAUUGAAAGUCAGUUGACUGAAAAUCAUCCUGAGGUACUAUAUAAAUGGUACAGUUUUUUCAUAUACAGUUACGCCUAAUGAAAUACUCACAGCUCUUUCCAUUUUGGUUAUAAUGGUUAGAUGUUCUGAAAGAUCAAAUAUGUGUUCUUGAAUACGUCCAUGUGUAUUCGGUGACAAAUCUGGAACAUUGAAAGCCAUCAUUCAAUUCCUGAUUAUUAGGUCCAGAGGAAACUGCUCAGAAAUAAACCAUCCCAUCGUUAACUACAGUAAACUUAUAUUUCUUGAUACUCUAAAAUUACUUAGGCUUCUCCAACUAUUACAUCGAAUGAUUACAUUUUUAUUUUGUUCUAUAUAAGGUAAACCGUUGUCAUAUGACUUACCUGUCGAUAAGAUGUUACAAAAUAUUAAAGAAAUCAUGUAUCAUAACUGUUUUAUUUCUGAAUUCUGUUUUGUAUGAUGUGUAUGUAUAUAAUUUGUGUUUUGUUUUUCCAACUGAUAGGUUAUUUUUCAUCCUGAAUUCCUAAGUUCUACCAAUCCACUACUACCGAUGGAUUAUGAAGAAUUUGUUCGAGGCUGUCAUUUAGGUGUUUUCCCAUCAUAUUAUGAACCAUGGGGUUAUACACCAGGUUUGAUUUUAUUUGUCUGAUGUCUGAAUUUUACUAACAAAUCUUAGUUUAACAGCCAGUUAUUUAAUCUUUUGAUUAUUUCCUAUAAUUUGUUUACUUUUCUUUUAAGAAUUAGUAUAACUAAAAUUGAUGAAUUAGUUAUUAUUCUUUCUUUCAUUAGAAAGUGUCUACCAGCCUGAUAGUGAAAUAAUUAUGGAAAACCAAUGUUGUCAGCGUCAACUGUUCUUUGUCUGAAAAGUUGCAGUAUAUAUUUCUUGAAUACAAACGUUACAAUUUGUUAAUGUUUUGAAUUCAUGUUAUUGAAUUGAAUGCAGCAAAUAACAUUAAUGUUAUGUUUCAGCCAAGCUAAAAGCUCAAAUAAUUAUUCCGUUUCAUUGGUUGUUUCCACCUUUCCAUUGAUGUUUAAGAUUGGAACUGAUCAGUUUUUUUCGGCAUAUGCUUGUCCCUUAUGGAUUGCAUCGGUAUUGCUAUUAAGUUACAAGUAUAGUAGGUUGAGUUGAAUGGUGAUUAACAGUGGAGCCCAAGAAGCUCGUUUCAUCCUUUUUAGAACACAUGAUGUGUUUAAUGAGCUGUAGUGACGAAAGUCUCAUUCGUUAUUAUGAUACUUAAAAAUGAUAUGAUUUAGUGCAUUUUUAUAUAGUAAUUAUUCAAUAUUCGUGUAUAUUGCUUUUUUUCAUUUAAGCUGAAUGCACCGUAAUGGGUAUUCCAUCAGUAACAACAAAUCUUUCUGGAUUUGGCUGCUUCAUAGAAGAGCAUGUAGAAGAUCCCAAAUCGUAUGGAAUAUACAUUGUUGAUCGUCGUUUUCAAAGCUGUGAAGACAGUGUUCAACAGUUAACCAAGGUAUUUCUAUACCAUCAAGACUAUCAAAACCGGAAUUAACCUACACCUGCAGUUGGCUCUAUUUCACUCGUUCAUAAUCCCUUUUUGAACUCAUUUUAUGGUCACGUAUAGGAUUCAGCCUUUGGCGACUCAUUCGACAAAUAUGACACAAUUUAAAGUAGAGAAUAUUUCUGUAUCUUUAUGUAUCUUAUAGAAUAAGAAGACAGGAUAAUGAUUGAGUGCUGUGCAUCCAAUUAUAGGUCAUUUUCUAUUGAUAUAUCAAGAUUAAGCCGAAAAUAUAUUCGAUACAAAUCAUUUCUGCAAAUAGUAAUAUUUAAGGAAAAGCAUCACUUUCAGAGGUGUUCAGAGUUAUCCAGUACUGAUUAACUUUUCAUAAUUGUCUAACCCAAGUCAACCUAUGAUGUGAGAACUUCAAAUUUAACAAUCUACAUAGCACUCUGUAAUAACUUUCAAGGUUGUUUGGACUCAUCUUACUUUGAGAAAAAAUAUUAAAGUCAAAUAUCAUAUUUUGUUGAAUGUUUUCUUGACCAUUUGGUUUUUCAUACUGCGUCCUUUCAAGCGUCUAAGACAAACAACUGUAGUCGUGUUGUUGUGUCUUCAAUCAUCAUUCGUGAUAAAUAUAUGAUUUCCUAAUGGGCAGCAUAUAUAGAAAAUUUCUUCAAUUUAAAAUGGAUAGCUUAGUUUUAAAAGGGAGUUGGCUGUUGUCCAUCAGGUUGCCGGGUUGUUUUUCUUAAUUGUAAAGUAUAUGAAUAUAAACAUAUAUCAUAAGUAUAAUUUUUUCUUUAAAUCUUUUUUUCAUUUUAUACCUUAUUUCUAAUUUCUCUGUAGUAUUUGGUUGAGUUCUGUCAAUAUUCUCGUCGUCAACGUAUUGUUUUAAGAAAUCGUACUGAGCGAUUAAGUGAACUGUUGGAUUGGAAAAAUCUUUCCUGUUACUAUCAACGUGCCAGAUUAAUGGCUUUAAAGAGAUUCUCUCCAGAACUAUUCACAUCUAACAAUAAUGAUGAUACUUUAUCGACUCAUAGUUUUCAUCUUAGUCGACCAUAUUCAGCACCUGUAUCUCCAUCAUUAUCAGGACAAUCAACACCGUUGCGAAGUGCCGGUGCAAAUAGUUCAAAUCGUAGCAGUCCUACAUCACAUUUAGAUGAUGAUGAAGUUGAUGAUGACACAGAACGAUUAGAACUAGGUCUUGGUGCAGUAGAAAUCAAUGAUCCUGUACCUGGUUGAAGUACGAAAGCAAAAAAAAAUCCUAUCAAUAUUGAAGUAUAAAAUUAGAAUGUGACUAGUUUAUUUUGUUUCUUUAUUUCUUCUCUUUUCAUUAUUUACCAUUUAUUUUAUUUCUUUUUGUUCAUUUAUAAUUCAUUUAGAUCUUUGUUUUAAUGUGCAUAUUUUAUCAAUCUUAUAAUAUUGUUAUCAUCCUUUAUUGAUAAUAGUUUACACUGUACUAAUUUUCUACACUUCAUCAAUGAAUAUCAUUUGGACAUUUUGUAAAGUCAGAAUUUCUGAUCUCAUUUCACAUGUAUCAAUAAGAUUUAGAAUGAUAGAAAAUAUGAAUUUCAUUCAUUU